UUUUUUUGUACCAGCCGCUAUUCACUAAUUUCUACUUUUUUGCCCACUUUUGGAAUGUUGUUUUUCUUAACUUUGUUCACCCGCCUAUUUUCCUGGCCUAUAUAAUCUUCCCUCCAAAACCCACAUUAGCUUGCUUUUGUCUGUCUCAUAAGCUCUGCUCUGUUCUGUUCCAUUUCCUUGGUUCACUGGUUGGCUCUUACUUAUUGGCUCUAUUAUUGUUGGCUUGUUUUUAAUUAUUGGAUUUAAUUUGAUUAAUUGGAAAAUAAAAUUAUUUAAUUUGUUUGGAAGCUUUUUGUUUGAACUAGGCGAUUAGGCUGAAACUUUGAAUUUGGUCCCUAGGCUUUACUAUAUAUUUGUUGGUGCAACGGCCGGGAAACCAUCCUGGUCUCCGUGUGGAACUUUUUGGAAAUUUAUUGCUCUGAUCUAAAUUGGACUGAAUUGGCUCGUAAACAAUGUCUGGACGUAUUCGACGAGGCCUUACCACAGUUCUGGAAUCCAUACAAGCUUAUACGAAGAAUGCCACUCAAAUUAUGAACGAAGAAAUAGACGAGGACACAGCUGGAAAAUUGGGGGUGGAAAAGGCGAAUUUGGAAUCUGCCAUAGCGCUAAUUGCUGAAUUAGAUGAUAAAUGGGGCAACUAUAUAGAUAGCCUGGAUGCACCGCAAAGAAUGGCCGAAGAAUCUGUGUACAUGAGUUUCCCGCACAAAGCUGGCACUUUCUGGAUCAGAAUCAAUUUGCUCGUGAGGUUCUAA